UACCGAUUGUGAUUACAAAACACAAAGAUAGAUUUCAAACUCAACGUUCGAAAUAAAACGUUAAAUGUAAUUCAUGGCAAAUAAAUUUUGAUGUUUAGCGAACAAAACAUAAUUUUUGAGAAUGAGAUAUUUUAUUUUCUAUCUUUUUCUUAUUGUUUACUUGGGAGAGGUGGAGAUAACGCAAACAAUAUCAGACGAAGAUUUUUGUCACCCACACUGUUUGGUCACGUGUUUGCCGUCAUGCGCAUGUUGCAAUCCUAAGGACGAUGCUUCGAAAUCUCUUGAGACCAAUAGACGUCUACAAUCAAAACUGGAACGAUUAGAACAAAUCUUAAAAGACAAAGAUCUUGAAGUUGGGUUUGUCUGUCACGAUUCCUGUAAGCACAGGUGUCUACCAUCUUGUAAAUUUGAAUGCUGUCGCGCGAGAAAAACAAAACGAAACAAGAUGAAGCCGAAAAGCAACGCAUUAACCUUGCCAGAGAAUUUCGAUUUAAAGAAGCUGUUGAAAUCGAUGGAAACGACGCAACGCGAGUAUAAAAAACUUGAAAAAUUCAUUGAAAAGGUGAACACUCGGCCGUCAGAGAAAAAGCACGCUGUUGAAGGUUUUCAAUUUAUUGAUGACAAGCCAAAUAGAGUUCAAACAAAAAAGAACCAAAAGAAGGAAAAGAAACAUAUCAUGAAAGAGAAAAAUGACGACCGUUUGCAGAACAUUCAGAUUUUGGAAAAAUUAGUUAAAUUGCAAGAUGAAAUACCAAAUAAAGGAAAGAAUACGCAAAAACAUAAAUCAUUAAAAUUUCAAAAAGAUUCUUCUUUUUCCUCGUCUUCUGCCUCCUCAUCUGAGGCGUUCGAAAAAUCUCAAAACGAUUCAGAUGAAACCGAGAAAGUUGUUAAAUCUAAAAGCAAAGCAGAGUUAGAGAGGGAAGCUGAUUCUCCAUACCAAAAGCUAUUAUCCUCAAAACCCAAACUUAAAGUUGAAAUCGAAGAUGACCCACACGUGAAAGAUUCGCUUUUAAAAAAGGAGAAAAAAUUAACCAAGUCACAUGAAUCAACAGCAUUGUCUGCCGAUAAAAUGGAGCUUUCUGAAAAUCUCGACGCCCUUAACCAAAAGGUAGACGAAAAAGUAGAGGCGUCGGACUCAUCGAAUCACAACCUUCAAAAACAUCACUCAAAGCAUCAUGGGAAAGGCUACUGCGCGACUUCUUGUAAACAAUUCUGUUACCCUUCAUGCAAUUUUGAAUGCUGUACUCGAACAUUUAGUACUUCCCAAAAUAGUGGGAUUAAGGAUUCACCAUGGACAGCCCCAUUAACGUCUGUAUCUGACAGCUACAAAAAUAUAACAAACAGCCCGAACCUUAAAUAUUCUGGCCCAAAGCUGGAUAAAUUAGCCAAACUACUUAACAUGCCAGACACUGAAUCUUUGUUGCACACUAAGAACCAACUAGAUAACCUAAUAGGUUUAUUAAGAACUAAAUCAAAUGUUUUGAAAGGGAGCACAACAAAUUCCACCACAACAACAUGCUCCGAAGGUUGCAAACGAGAAUGUCUCCCAUCAUGUCCUUUUAACUGCUGCUAAACUGAAAAACGUGGCCAAGGUCGCAAAACUUGAACAAAAAUAAUGCGUUUGCCCUUUUGAUUGCUGAUAAAUUGCAGAACAUGGCCAAAGUUGGGAAGGUUAACAAUAAUAUUGAGUUUGUCCUGCUUAUAGUAACCACACAAACCAUGGUAGCUGAUAUUCAAGACAGAAGAUGUGAAACUAAUCAUUCAGUAAUAAUGAUAAUGAAACAUUUUUGUACAUUGUCGAACAAAAGUGUAGAUACCUGGCUAUAACACAAAUUCCCAUUGAUAAAAUUAACAUGCUUAACAAUAGCGUCAUAAAAGUUAUGAACAUCUGCCGCGUUUUCUUCUUCUUAAGCACAGAGACUGUAUAAUGGAUUUUGUUAUUAUUUUUUAUUUUUUGUUUGUUUGUUUGUUUCUUCAUUUGUGGGCUUGUGUAUCGUUUGUUUUGUUUUGAAUGUUUUAGAAGGAACUGUUGGUGACUUACUUUUAAACAAAAACCUACUUUAAAACAAGAGUCCUGCUUCAUUAUCAAUUUUUCUUUUAUUACUUGCGGUCUGUUUUUCCUUGGUUUUUCGGAUUUGUCAGAGAUUUUUGGAUUUGUGACCAUGGUAGCAUUAAUAAGAAUAGGAAUUUUUCCACAGGUGAUUUUCAAAAUUUUUUGUAGUAAGAGUUAUUUUAUUGAAUAUUUUCUUAAAGUA